AUGCAAGAAAUGGAAACAACCUCGAUGGAAGCACGACAACUGCAUUCAAGUCAAAAAGAAGCAAUGAAGAAAUUAGCUGAAUUUUCAGGAGAAGCUAAUGAACUCGAUAUUGAUGAAUGGUUAUUCGAUUUAAAUAAUUUAUUUUCAUUAAUGAAAUUAAAAGAUGAAACAAGAAUUCUUGAAACGAUGGGCAAAUUAACAGGACCAGCAUUACGAUGGUAUCAAGACAAUUUACAAUUAUUCACCAACUGGAGUGAUGCUGAAAAAGCAUUACGAGAUCGAUUUAAAGAAUUUACAUCAGACAGUCAAUUAAUACAAGAAUUUUUUUAUAUUCAUCAAGAAGAAAACCAAUCUGUUAUAUCAUUUUAUGAAAAUGUUAUUCGAAAAUACAGAAAGUUUCAACAAUUUAUUACUAAACAACAAGUUAUUACGGUAUUACAGAAUGGUGUUAAAAAUUCAUUAAAAGAACAUUUAAUUCGUAAUGAAAAAGAAAUCAAAAAACCAGAACAAUGGUUACAAGUUGCCAGAGAAGAAGAAUACAUAAAAAAACGACUUCAACAAAAAGUUAAUACUUCAAAUUAUGGACCAAAAAAUCCACCGUUUUUUGAACGUGCAUUACCAACAGCAACAAUUCAACCAACAUUAACAAAUACUCACUCAUUAAACCAACAACAAUAUACGCCACGUGAUUAUUAUAAAAAACAACAAUCAACAACAAUAAAUAAUCGAAUAUAUUCAAAACAAAAUAAUCAUUCAACUCCUCAACAUAAUCGGAAAGAUUAUCCAGAAAACAAAACACAACAAUUAAAUCCAUCACUUAUCGAUACCGGAUCGGCCAUCACUAUUAUACAUCAACACUUAUUAAAUGAUAUACCACAUGAAAAAUUAAUACCAAAAACAAUAAAUCAUUUAUCUGCCAAUUGCUCAACAUUAAAUAUUAUUGGUGAAAUACUCUUAGAAAUAAAUGUUAAUGAACUAAAAACAACAGUUAUUGCUGAUGUUACAACAAAUCUUGUUACGAAUUUAAUAUUAGGUAGUGAUUGGAUUCAAUCAAACAAUGUUUAUAUUCUUACACCUGAACAACGAGUUAUGAUCCGAAGUCGAGGUAAAGAACUAUCAACUCCUUUUGUAAAACCACCUCUUUUAAAUUAUCCUGUUACUCUUAUUAAUCAUAUUACUCUUCCUCCUUUUUCAGAAAAAUUAGUAGAAGCACAAGUUCAACAUAACAAUAUGAUAGAUGUAUUAUUUGAACCAAAUCCUCGAUUAAAAAAUAAAGCAUUAUUUACUGCAACUGCAUUAUUAAACAUUGAAAACAGAAGAAUAAAAAUUAGUAUAAUUAAUGCAAUGAAUCGGCAACAAACACUUUCCGAAGGAACCAAAAUAGAACGCAUUCCUAAAGGAAAAGCGUGUAAAGAGCUCAUUCCUGAAGGGAAAGGAGCGAAUAAAUCAAAUAAAUUAAAUUUCAACGAUACGUUAACUACAACAUUAUAUAGGAAACAACAUCAAUGUCGUGAAUGUUAUCAACAUUUUAAUACUGGCAAUGAAUUAUUUAAACAUCUUAGAAAUAAAUGUUAUCCUGAAGAUAUAAGACAACAAAUAAAUAAAUUAACUGAACAUAUUAGUGAUGAUAAACAACGAGAACAAAUUUUAAAAAUUUUAUGGAAAUAUGGAGAAUUAUUUGAUAUUAGAAGACCAUCAAAAAUUGAUAUUGUUUUAAAAAAUGCUAUCGAUACUGGUACACAUCGACCAAUCCAUAUUCCACCAUAUAGAAAAUCUAACAAAGACCAAGAAAUCUUAAGAAAAGAAACAGAUGAAUUAUUAAAAAAUGGAAUUAUUGAACAUUCAACAUCUCCAUGGUCUUCUCCAGUCGUAUUAGUUAAAAAGAAGGAUGGUACAACAAGAUUUUGUGUUGAUUAUCGUCGUUUAAACCAAAUUACAACAAAAGAUGCUUUUCCUCUACCAAGAAUUGAUGAUAUUUAUGAUCAGUUAACAAAAGCAACAUAUUUUACAAAAUUCGAUUUUAAAGCUGGAUAUUUUCAAGUACCAUUAGACAAAUUAGAUCGACCAAAAACAGCAUUUUCAACUCGAGAUGGACAUUUUCAAUUUAAAGUAUUACCACAAGGCCUUACUAAUGGACCACCCACAUUUCAACGUAUUGUUAAUCAAAUUUUAGGUCCAAACAGAUGGAAACAUGUACUCUCCUAUAUCGAUGAUAUUAUUAUUUAUUCACAAAAUUUUAAUGAACAUUUAAAACAUAUCGAAGAAGUAUAUUUAUUAUUACACGAAGCAAAUUUUAAAUUAAAUGUUGAUAAAUGCGAAGUUGCAAGAACAGAAAUAUUAUUUCUUGGACAUUUAAUUAAAGCUGGUACGAUUAAACCUGAUCCAGACAACAUCCGUGGUUUAACUGAUACACGAGAACCAACAUCAGCUGAAGAAGCAUUCAGAUUCGUCAAAGCAGCGGAAUAUUAUAGAAGAUUUAUUCCAAAAUUCUCCACCAUCGCUGCACCAUUACAUAAAUAUUCUCCAGCAACAUUACAACAACAAAAGAAUAAUAAAAAAUUAAAAUUUGAAUUAUCUGAUGAAGCAAGAGAAGCAUUUCACCAACUUAAGAGAAUCUUAACAACCGAUCUCAUUCUUGAUUUACCUGAUGAUACGUUACAAUUUAAAUUACAAACUGAUGCUUCAGUAGAUGGAAUUGGGGCUGUUCUACUACAAGUUACUCCCAAUGGUGAUCGACCAUUAGCAUACAUGUCAAAGAAAUUAACUAAAACACAAACUAAUUGGCCAACAAUUGAACAAGAAUGUUAUGCAAUAAUACAAGCAAUAGAAAAAUGGGACAAAUAUCUUCGUGGACAUGAAUUUAUAUUAGAAACUGAUCAUGAACCAUUAAUACAUUUUACAAACAAAGAACAAUUAAAUAAACGAUGUGAACGAUGGCGAUUGAAAUUAGCUGAAUAUCGGUUUAAGUCCAAAAUGGCUGAAGAAGAUAUUGAAGAACGAACUCAAUAUGAAUCAACAUCAACACAAACAGAUUUAUCACUUUUAUCAUUAAAUAACAAUUUAACUCCAUUAAAAAUGACAACAGCAAUUACUAGAGCUCAAGCCAAAUUACAACAACAAGCAAUGGCAACAUCAUCUAUUAAACCGACAGAUGAAAAAAAUAAUGAGCUCAUCCCACAAGGGAAAGCAGCGACUGAUGAAGAACUAAUAAUCAAAUCAUCAGAUGAAAAUCCAAACAAGAUCAUCCCAUUUGAUAUGGAUGACUUAAGAAGACGUCAAGAAGAAGACAAGACAAUACAAGAAAUCAAAAAGAAUAUUAAGAAUAAAAAACAUUAUUUUGUUGAAGAUGGAAUAUUAUUUAGGAAACAACAACUACCACUUUUACCAGUUCCAUAUGUUCCAGCAGGACGGAUACGUGCUGAUAUAUUAAAAAUUUAUCAUGAUACACCUGCUAAUGGAGCUCAUUUUGGACGUGACAAAACAACAAGAAAAAUCCAAGAACGUUAUUACUGGCCAACAAUGACAGCAGAUAUUCGAAAUCAUUUAGACUCAUGUUUACCAUGUGCACAAAAUAAUUAUCGUCGUCAAAAAUUACCAGGAAAAUUAAAACCAAUACCACCACCAGAAGGAAUAUGGAAAUUAUUAAGUAUGGAUUUUCAUGGUCCAAUAACUCCAACAUCAAAAAAAGGAAAUAGAUACAUUAUAUCUCUAACAGAUGUAUUAUCAAAAUUUGUUAUUACAAAAGCUGUUCGAGAUUGCUCAGCAACAACAGCAGUGAAAUUUUUUAUAAACGAUGUUAUAUUAAAAUAUGGCACUCCAACAUGUAUAUUAACCGAUAAUGGUACUCAUUUUACUUCUCAAGUUAUGCACAAAUUAUUUGAAAAUAUUGGAGUCACUCAUCUUUAUUCCACAGUAUAUCAUCCACAAACUAAUGGACAAAUUGAACGAUUUAAUGCUACGAUGGAUGGAGAAAUUGCCGCCUUAUGUAAUGAACGACGUACGGAUUGGGAUGAAGUAUUACAAUUUGUUACAUUUAAUUAUAAUACAUCAAUACAUGCAACAACAAAACAAACACCAUUCGAAAUGAUGCAUGGAAGACAAGUUACACUUCCAUUUGAUCAACAAAAAGAAAUUAUUUCGCUCACACAAGAUCCAGAGCAUGGUCAAAAAAUUAGAAUAUAUCUUGAAAAAUUAGUAAAUGAAGCUCGAAACAAUAUUAUAAAAAAUCAACGACAAUAUAAAGCUCGAUAUGACUUAAAUAGAUAA